AUGUCUGGCAUCAAUCCCAGUGGUAGGCGAAGUUCGACGCAACUUCGUGUUACUAUCACGCACAGUGAGCAACGGUUAGAGCUUGACGCUCAAUUCAAACUCACAGUCAGUAGAGCCCUCUGCCGAUCUAUCGAUCGGCAGAGAGAGACAUUCAGUAUGGCUCAGGCUGUCGAGUGGAGUGUCACGGCUCGUGCGGUAAUUCUCCACAUCAGUGGUCCUUCGAAGGAAAAGAGACCCCAACGAGGAGGCUUCAGUCACACGGCAUCAGCCACGAGAACCUCGCAAAAAUCUUUGGCCAUUCACUGGGUAUCCAGCAGAAUUGAAAAGGAACUCCACGAAGAAGAGGACAAAGAAGCAGCUCCAAAGAUGGCGAAUAUCAAGAGUCGAAGCGCAUAUAAAGGGCAACUUACCAGUGUAAAGACAGCCAUAUCCCGCUACCAUGAAGAUGAAAGUCUGUUGAGUAGAGACGGUGCUCGAGCGUACCUUGAGACGAAUUUGGAGAUUUGUGACAGAAUCAGGGUUCGAUACAAUAGGGUACAGGAUGAAAUCAUUAACCAAGCUGAAUCAGAAGAAGAGCGCGAAAGGGAAAUUGAGGAGCAAAAUAAUUUCCUAUUGGAAAUUGAUGAAGCGGAAGAGAAACUGACGGAACUGAUUGUCAAUAUCAAAGUCAAUGAAUCUGCAAAGAAAGAUCUUUUCCAUUCCACCGUCAUUGAAGAUGAACGAAUUGACAAACUUCUCGAUGGCUUCUCAAAACUCGUAGAGCGUAUGGAUGGUAGUGAGAAUUCCAAGUAUUCGAAACUCGAACCAGUGAAAAUCCCCACAUUCAACGGAGAGCAUGCGCAGUGGCGUUCAUUCAAAGAGAUGUUCAUCAAUUUGGUGGACAGCAACAAGAAACUGUCAAAGACGCAAAAGCUGCACCAUCUCAAGACGAAGUUGACAGGAAAGGCCUUUGACGCCAUUGAUCAUCUCGACAUGUGUGAUGAAAGCUACGACAUAGCGUGGGAAACCAUCACAAACCGAUUUGAGUGCAAGAAAAAGGUCAUAAACGGUCACAUCGAACGCAUCAAGAGCCUACCUACUCUGAAGAAUCCUAUCGUCGAUGAUCUCAGGAAUAUCUACGAUGUCUCCACGACGACUAUCAACGCAAUGGACGCUUUGAAGGUCAACACUCGAGAUCCGUGGAUCAUCUACGAAGUCCUGAGCAAACUCGAUCACGAGACACAGACGCUAUGGUCGCAGGAGCAGUCAGACGUGCCAACAUGGGACGAGUUUAAGGUUACUCAAGACAAUCCUCAAUCAGUUUCCGAGGAUCAGAAGAAGCCAGCCGUGCUGAGUAGCUUUCUUCCGUCAAACAAGAGUGCCAAUGGUGAGAUUCAUCGCUCUAUUUUGAAGACAGCAUGUGUAAGAAUUCUGGAUUCCCAACAAAAUGUCCAUGUGUGUCGCGCCCUUUUGGAUUUUGGAUCCGAAAUUUCUGUGAUGACAACCGAAUUGUGUCAGAGAUUGAGAUUGAAGUUGCAAAAGUCCCCUUACACUCAAGUUGAAGGAUUUCAAGGACAAGUAAGCAGCCUCAAGCAUCAAGUGAAUGCAAUCCUCAUCCCUCAGGAAGGAACGCAAAUUUCUUUGCAAUGUCAGGUUUCACAAAAGAUUUCCACCAAUUUGCCUACAUCUCAGAUAAACCCUCGGGAUGUAAGGGUUCCCACGGGAUUCGUGCUCGCUGACUCAGAGUGGCAUGUGUCUAGGCCAAUUGACCUACUCAUCGGAGCAGCACACGAAGACGAAAUUAUGCUGGACGAAGUUUACAAAAUGGGCCCAGGAAUUCCAUCACUCAGAAAUACCGUCUUCGGUUGGGUAGUUUGCGGAAAAUGGCAGCCUAAUGGCGCACAAUCAGCAGACACUUCCCCCGUUUGCCACACAAUAUCCCUGAAAACCAUUGAUGAGACCCUCAGGAAAUUCUGGGAACUCGAAGAACUCUCAGAAGAAUGUCCACAAACGGUCGAGUAUAGGGAAGUGGAAGAAUUAUAUUCAAGUACGACAAAAAGAUCGGAAAACGGUCAGUACAAUGUUCGUCUACCUUUGAAGGGAAACUUCGGUGAACUCGGAUCUAACCGAAAGCGAGCUUCAAGGCAACUGAACUUCCUAGAGAGAAGGCUCUCACAGAAUCCUCAACUAUACAAGGAGUACUCUAAUAUCUUUGAGGAGUAUCUGAGUUUGGGAAUCAUAGAGAGAGUGCCUCUGAUCGAGCUUCAAGCUAAGUCAUAUUACAUGACACAUCACUGUGUUGUUCGAGAAAACGCGUCAUCUACCAAGGUCAGGAUCGUUUUCAACUGCGGAUCUGUUUCUGAGACCGGCAUAAGUCUCAACGAUGUUAUCAAAGUGGGGCCUGUCGUUCAACCGGAGUUGAUAGAGAUCUUGUGGAGAUUUAGACGAUUCCCGAUUGCACUAUCCUGUGACAUUGUCAAAAUGUAUUUGCAGUUACAACUCAAUGAGGAUCACAGAGAUUUGCAACGUUUUCUUUGGCGAACAUCACCAAGUGAACCAAUCAUGGACUACAGGUUUAAGACUUUGUGUUUUGGCAAUGCUGCGUCACCCUAUCUUGCCACAAAGACGUUGAUCAAACUUGCAGAAGAUGAAGGAGAAAGUUACCCACGAGCAGCAGAAGUUCUUCGGAACAAUUUUUACGUGGAUGACUGUCUAUUGUCAGUGGAGACCACAAAGGAAGCGAUCGAGGUGCAGAAAGAUCUCAUUAGUCUUCUCGGCAAAGCUCAAAUGAAGCUAUCCAAGUGGCAAUCCAACUCUCCGACAGUACUUCAAACAUUGCAAGAAGGCAACACAGAGGCAAAGGAAGUCUCAAUCUCUGAUGGCUGCGUGAAAGCGCUAGGAUUGAUGUGGAAUCCGUCAAACGACACCUUUUCAUUUCAAGUCGAUACAAUGGUCGAGAAUUUAGUUCCAACCAAGAGAAAUAUCCUGAGAGUGGUGGCAAGGAUUUAUGAUCCGCUAGGACUACUAGCCCCCAUCACAAUCAACGCGAAAUUAAUCUUGCAGAAUCUUUGGAAGAAUGAGAUUGACUGGGAUACCGAGGUUGAGGGAGAUAUUUUGCGAGAGUGGAAAAAAUUUAUUGCCUCACUACAACACAUUCCGUCUAUGAGAAUAUCUCGAUGGACAUCGAAAAACGAAAAUGUUUGUGAAGAGCAGCUCCACAUGUUCUCGGAUGCCUCCAACCUAGCCUACGGAGCCGCAGUGUACCAUGUCACCAAGGAUGUCUCAGGACGAAUUGCAAGUCAGAUGUUGACGGCGAAGUCGAAAGUUGCGCCAAUCAAAACUAAGACAAUCCCGAAGCUAGAACUUUGUGCAGCAACACUUGGGGCCAAACUGUUAGCAAAGGUCGCAAAAAGUCUGAAAAUCAGCAAGGUUUAUUGUUGGGUAGACGCCAAGGUAGUUCUUGCGCAAAUUGCAUCCGCUUCAAACAAACAAGACGUUUUUACCAAAAAUAGAGUGACAACGAUCAGAGAGUUGACAGCUGUUGAAUGUUGGAGACACGUUCCCACAAAAGAAAACCCGGCAGACCUCAUUUCAAGAGGAACCACAGCCAUGGAGUUGGAUAACUCAUCAUUGUAUUGGGAAGGCCCUCAUUGGUUAAAGGAGAGUGAUUUAGCUUGGGAAAGCAAGGAAAGUGUUCCACCAGCAGUCGAGGAGUCACAAGACAUUUCAGUCGCUACACUCACUGUCAACAAGUCAGAAGGAAAUUACAUUUUCACUACCCUCGUGUCAAAAAUAAGCAAUUUAUCCAGAAUGAAGAGAGUUCUUUUGGUAAUUUGCAAAGUUGGCCAACUCUUGAGAUUCAGAGCAUUGAGGACUAAAGAUCAUGCAGGAGCUCAUCCGAAUCAACCCACAAGUCAUAGUGCAGCAGACUUAGUCUGGGCAGAGAAUCAGUUGAUAAAAUGGGACCAAGAAUCUCAUUUUCCGGAGCUCAUUCAGGAUCUCAUGAACAACAAAGCAGUGACCAUCAACAGCGCAGCAAUGAAAAAGUUGCACCCGUUUCUGGAUGAGGAGAGAAUUUUAAGGGUCGGUGGCAGAUUGGGACAUCUGGAUGAUGACUACAACACCAAAUAUCCAAAAAUUCUCCCACGCAGUGAUUUGACAAAGCUUAUCAUCCGAGAGAUGCACUUAUCACUAUUGCACCCCGGGCCACAGCUAUUGCUAGCUCAUUGUCGAAGAAGGUACUGGCCAAUAGGUGGACGUCAUAUCACUAGAAACGUUGUCCACAUGUGCAAGGCGUGCUUCGUGCACAAAACUUCUCGAGAAAACCAGAUAAUGGCAGACUUGCCUAAACACCGAAUUUCGUUGGUAAGGGCAUUUUCCAGCGUGGCCAUUGAUUGCUGCGGGCCAUUCUUUAUUAGAACAGGCGCCGAGUCCCGUGGACGCACUCAAAGGAUCGACAUAGUUGUCUUUGUAUGCACCUCAACCAAGGCAGUCCACCUGGAAAUUGUAAGCAGUUUGUCAUCAGAAGCAUUCAUGAGCAGCUUCAGACGAUUCACUUCACGUAGAGGAGUUUGCAAUGAAGUGUUCUCAGAUAACGGAAGGAAUUUCCUAGGAGCAUCACGUGAACUUCAACGUCUGUUAGCAGAAGAAGCUCAAACCAUUCAAGACCAAACAAUCAACCAGAACAUUACCUGGCACUUUCAACCGGCUCGUUCUCCGCACUUCAACGGAUUAGUCGAAGCAGCAGUGAAGUCAGCAAAGACUCAUCUCAAGAAAGUUAUUGGCGAGCAACGACUAAAUUAUGAGGAAUUUUAUACAAUUCUCACACAGGUCGAAGCCGUGUUGAAUAGUAGGCCGAUCACCAUUCUGUCGGACGAUCCCAGAGAUCCACAACCAUUGACUCCGGGUCAUUUUUUGCUUUUGGCACCACCGACUCAGCUGCCUGAUGAAAAUCUUGCAUCCGUGAGGAUGAACCACUUGACAAGAUGGCAAUUGUGUCAGCGGAUUGUACAAGAUUUUGUGAGAAAGUGGAGGCUAUCCUACUUGCACACACUUCAAGAGCGCUCUAAAUGGCACACGGAGAAAGAGAACCUGAAGGUGGAUGACAUAGUGAUCUUGCACGAUGCUUCCAUAGGAACCACCAAAUGGACAACAGGAAGAGUUGUUGGAGUUCACACUGGAGGAGACGGGAAG